AUGAAGCACAAGCACGCAUGGAUCUUCAACAAGCCAGUCGACGUUGUGACUAUGGGGCUUCACGAUUACUACGACAUAAUCAAGAAUCCCAUGGAUCUUGGCACCGUGAAGACGAAUCUCGCCAAGGGUAUCUAUUCUUCGCCGUUCGAUUUCGCUGCAGAUGUGAGAUUGACUUUUGAGAAUGCCAUGCGGUACAAUCCCCAAGGACACGAGGUCUAUGGGUUUGCUGAUCUGCUUCGAUUGAGGUUUGAGGAGUUGUUUCAGCCUCUGAAUGAGAAAUCGGGAGAUGGGUUUCGGUCGGAAAAGGGUUCUGAUGAGGAGUUGCAGGCCAGUUCUUGGAACCAUGUUGAGCCGGAGAGGGUUCCAAAGAGGGAGACACCUGUACGGAUCGAGAAAAAGCCUGAGCUGGUUCGGCCUCCCCCGGUUCGAGCUCCGCCGGUUCAGGCCCCAGUGAGCUCAUCGAACCCAGACCCAGCAUUGGUGCAAUCGUCACCGGUAAGGAAGAAUUCACAGGUAAAGGGCCCAGGUGUGAAGCCGUUGAAGCAGCCGAAGCCCAAGGCUAAGGACCCAAAUAAGAGGGAGAUGAGUAUGGAAGAGAAGCACAAGUUGGGAGUUGGGUUGCAGAGUUUGCCUCAGGACAAGAUGGAGCAGGUUGUGCAGAUUAUAAAGAAGAGGAAUGGGCAUUUGAAGCAGGAUGGGGAUGAGAUUGAGCUUGACAUUGAGGCUGUUGAUACAGAGACCCUUUGGGAGCUUGAUCGGCUUGUGACCAAUUGGAAGAAGAUGGUUAGCAAGAUUAAGCGGCAAGCAUUGAUGGGCAACAACAACAGCAACAGCAAUAGCAACAUUGCUUCCAACAGAGGCAACGAGGAAUUACCUGCAAGUGAGAAAGUUGAUGUUGCAGCAACUACAGAGCCAAAGAGGGCAAAGAAAGGUGAAGCAGGAGACGAAGAUGUGGACAUUGGUGAUGACAUGCCAAUGAGCAGCUUUCCACCAGUUGAGAUUGAGAAAGAUGUUGGGGGAGGCCAUGCCAGUAGUGAUAGCUCAAGUAGCUCCAGCAGUUCCAGCAGUGGUUCCUCCUCAUCAAGCGAUUCAGAUUCUGGUAGUUCAUCAGGGAGUGACUCAGAUGAUGAUAAUGCUCAGUCCUAG